AUCUUUAUUUACGUUUGGCCAAAUAAAUUUACUUUUAAUUAAGUGUGUAGUUGCUUUGACUCCAUGGUGGGAUAGUCCAUGAAUAAUGUUAAACACUUGUCUACGAUGAGUCACUGGUUUGUAUGGUUGGAUUGCAUCAAUUGAUAUAUCAUAUUACAGGAAGAAUUUGAUUGAGGAAAAUUUAUUUUGCUUAGUUUCAUAAUAGUGUUCUUCAUAAUACAAUUUUUUAGUUCAGAAUUUUCUUUCUGUGCUUUUGCAAUUUCUUCAAAAUUAAUUGUUUUUACAUUUAUUUGUCCAAAUCUAGAAAGGAAAUCAGCAGUGAUAUUUUCUUUUCCAUAAAUAUGUCUGAUGUCAGUAGUAAAUUGUGCAAUGAAAUCUAAAUGCUCAAAUUGUCUAGGUAAACAUUUGUCUAACUUUUGGUUAAAUGCAUACACUAUAGAUUUGAGAUCAGUCCAUAUUAUAAAUGGCCUAGCGUGCAACAUAUUGUAAGAACAUUUAUUACUAUGUUCAUACCACUUAUAUUACACACGUUUUAUUUCUAUUUAUUUAAUUCGUAAUACAUAUUAAUUAGCAUACAGGGAGAUGCUGAUGGGACAAUUCUACUCGUCUGUAGUCCGGAGCUACUGACGUCGAACUAACAAAGGGCAGUUGUGUUUGAGUGGCCGAUAUAGAUAUAGUUUUCAAUAUUAUUACUUUCGUCUUAUUUAUAUUAUUUAUAAGUUACCUUGUUUUAUUUAACGACCCGUCUAUCACCAAUUGUCAUCAUAGCCAACCAACUCCGUCUCACUUGGAUAUACCUACUAACCAACUGUACUAGGAUUCAGGUCAAACGUAUUGUACAUUACAUAUAACUUAUAUUUACUAAACAUCUAAAAUAUAACUUUACUUUGUCGUUGACAUAAAACAAUAGGCUAAUUUUAUUUAAUAAUCUAUCCCCUGUAACUAAGGUACACGAUUGCCUGUGUCUCCUUCAGGCAAUUAAAACUCAUUUAAGGAGAUAGGGACGAUAUUUGGGCAGACGUCGAGUAGCUUCCGAUUCUUGGUUUUGACCAAGAUCCUCAAUUAUUAAACUAACCCCUAACAAUAUGAAUGAUAUUCUGAUUCUUCCCAUGUUGUUUUUCUACUAUAAAAACUAAUCGGGUGUAAUAAAUUAUCUGAUUGUCGUUGAAAUAAUACCGCACCGAUACCGUCUUUACUAGCGUCGGUGUGUGCCUCAGUGUUAUUCGUUUUUAGAAUUGGUUUUUUUACAAUAGAUUGUUUCAAUAUUUCGAAAGAAUUAUGUUGUUCACCACUCCAUUCGAAUUUAGUAUUUUUACUCAACAAAUUUGUAAGGGGUCGUGCCUUAAGAGCAAAAUUACGAACAAAUCUACGAAAAUAGCUCGCUAAACCUAUGAAACUACGUACAGCUCGGACAUCUUUUGGUACAGGAAAUUUCUCAAUAGCUAAUGUCUUUCUCUUUCCUGGUUCUAUACCAUUUUUACUUACUUCAAAACCUAAAUACUCUAUUUUAGUCAUAAAAAACCUACACUUAUCAAUUCUCAAAGUCAAGCCUGCCUCUCUAAGGGCUACAGUAAAUAAUAGAGAUCCUAGAGCAGUUGCUAUAAUUUUGGCAAAAUUUGAUGGGCCGUUUGACACACCAAGGGGCAUGCGUUUAAAUUGACAUAACCCAUCAAGGGUGAUAAAAGCCGUUUGUGUCCUUGUUACACUAUCAUUAAUAGGAAUUUGAUAGUAACCACUAAAAAGAUCUAAACUAGGUACACGAUUGCCUGUGUCUCCUUCAGGCAAUUAAAACUCAUUUAAGGAGAUAGGGACGAUAUUUGGGCAGACGUCGAGUAGCUUCCGAUUCUUGGUUUUGACCAAGAUCCUCAACUAUUAAACAAGCCUCUAACAAUAUGUUUAAAAUUCUUAACUGAUAGGUAUAAAACAAACAGCUCUCUAUUAUAGGUGCUAUAUUUUUGUUGGGUGCCACUUAGAUUUUUUGAGAAAAAUGGAUUCUAGAUUUUAUCCUCACCUUGUUCUAAAACUCCUCCAACAGCAUAAUUUGAAGCAUCAACCUUCAAACAUAAUUUAUUUGCACUUUUAGGAUGAGCUAAUAAGGUGGCUUGUGUUAUAGAUAUUUUACAAUUUUGGAAAGCAUUUUCUUUUUCUUCAUUCCACUGAAUUUCAGUUUUGUCAUUAUUUUUAUUCCCUUUUUGGUAAUUUAAUAUUGGUAUUUGAAAUUUUACAAUGUUUGGUAAGAAAUGUCUGUAAAAAUUGAUCAUACCUAAAAAAUUUUCUUAGUUCUUUAAUUGUUUUUGGUUUUAUUGUGGUCAAAAAUAGCUUGAAUUUUUUGAGGUAGAAGUGUAGUGCCUGAGCUACACAUACGGUACCCAUUAACUUACCAUUUUCUAAAUCAAUUAAUAGUCUAAAAUUUUAAGGGUGACGUAGUCCAAGGUAUAAUUUUAUGCUUAAUGAACCAUAUGUACUUAUAGAGGAACCAAUAGUUGCAUAUAAUUUUAGUUUCUGUUGUUUUUCGAAUUUAGUGGGUGAUAUAACUGAUAUAUCAGCAUCACUAUUUACUAUAUAGCAGAUCUUACUACACAUAUCGGUUACAAAUAGGCGGUUUGAAAUUGGUGCAAAACUGGCUCAACCAGAUAGCUUAUUAGUUUUCCGACUUAUUAAGGGUAAGGUGCAUUUUGCACCAUUCACCUUUACAUAUUCUUGUUUACUUUUUGAACUUAGCAUAAUAAUAACAGGGCUGAUUUUUUAUUUCUUUAUUGUCACGCGGUUUUGAUCUGUUGGUUCUAUAAUGAUUAGAGCGGUUUCGUUUUGGACUGUGACUUUGUCUAAUGAGUUCCUCAAUUGCUGUUGUAAGUGAAAAAAUAUGUUGUCCUAGUGUUGAUCGUAAAGCAUCUUUGUUAUAUUCACAUGGUUUUUCUGGUGUUACAGAAACAACAGAAUGACUAUUAUUUACUGCACUUAUCUUGUCAGUCCAGAUAAUGAAUCAGUACUAGAUGUGAGUAUAGCCUGCGUUUGACUGUGUAGACGUUGGAAUCAUAGGUUUUUUAAAAUAUCCUCAGACACUAUUGUUACAAUUCGUAUAGUAAAUAUGAUGGUUUCUUAUCAUUUAAUUCUAAGUCGAUAAGUAAUUUAUUAAGUUUUUUUUCUUCCAAUUCAGAAAGACGUACAAUUAAUACUUCUUAUAAUUUUAAAUACCUGUUGCUUGAUGGCGGUUUCUCGAGAAUGUCAGAUAUAUGAACAAGUACAUCGCCAUCUAAUGCUCCAACUAUGUGAUAGUAUAUCUGAGAUAGAAGAAAUAGAGGAACAGAGCAGCUACGUGGACAAUAUUAAAAACCCAAAUUAUUCGAGUAUAUCUGAGAUAGAAGAAAUAGAGGAACAGAGCAGCUACGUGGACAAUAUUAAAAACCCAAAUUAUUCGAGUAUAUCUGAGAUAGAAGAAAUAGAGGAACAUAGUAGCUACGUAGACAAUAUUAAAUACCCAAACUAUUCGGUAUUUUUUACUUUUUAAAUUAUAUGUUGUAUUACUUAAGGUGUAACAACAAUUUUAUAGAAAAUAAUAAAUUUAAAAAUUAUUUUGUUAUAAGUACUAUGCACUAAGUCUAUGUUUUGCAUCUAAUUUUUCUGAAUCCAGUAGCUUUAGAGAAAAUAUUAUAAACAUAAAUUAUCCGAUAAUUAUUAUUUAUUUUUAUUAAUUUAUUUUAGCAUAACAAUUUUCUAAUAUAUUGUAAUAAUAAUUCUUUAAUUUUAUUAAUUUACAUGUUCAUGAGUAGGUGUAUAAUAAAUAAGUUAGGAUAUCAUGUGGAUUUACCCUGCCCUAGGUAUGAAUUUAGAAGGUUUGCGCGUCGGUGGAAUAUUGUGAAAGGUAUAUGCCUCCCUUCCCAUGAAAGGUUAAGAGUAUAAUAGAGGGUGUUCUCCACUCUCUCAUAGCAAAUUCAGAUGACAAUACAAGUUUAGGGGGUUAAGAGUUAAUCUAUAUAUGAGGGGUUUGCCACCACAUAAGAAGGGGGCAUAGACUAUAAAAAAAUGAAUAGUUUUAAGAAAUUACUUAUCAAAUUGUAAUUAAUAAGUAAUUAUGAGUUAAAAAUGUCUAAGGGAUGAAGGAAUGGAUUAGUUUAUAGGGAUAUAUGUUUUGCGAUUCGCAGAGUUUGUAAUUGAUUUUGUUAUAUUUAAUGAGUAUUUUCCCAUAAAUAACGGAUAACUCAAGUAAAAUUAAAAAUGUUUUGUCAGUUAAACGUCUUAAAAAUGUUAUUUUGUGACAAGUGUGAAAAAGUGUUUGCAUUUAAACAUGGACUGGUAUAUGAUUUAAGUGUUAUUUAUGUCCAUCUACAUUUGAAUCGAAAUAGGAACUUU